UCGGGCAGAGGCCGAGGUCAGGUCAGGUCAGGCCCUCCUCCCCCGUCGGACCCCGCAUUUCAAAUUUCCUCGCCCCCAUCCUCCUCCGCUCCGGCCACCUUUACACGCCCAACGGCUACGCCGCCGCCCGAUCCACCCUCCCGCCGCCGCGGGCCCCACCCUCGCCGGCCAGGCCCCCGCUCGGCACGACCGCAACCCGCGCCAUGGACAGCGACGACGAGGAGAUGCGCGACGCCUACUCCGUCGAGGACGGCGACGGAGACGGCGACGCGGGGUACGACGAGGGGGCCCGGGACGGGCUCAUGGUCAUGGAGGUGCGCUGGUUCGAGGUCGACCUGGACUACGAGUACGACGCGCCCAGGUGGUUCGACCUCGCGCAGGAGGAGGCGCCCGUCGAGGCCGCCGCCGCCGAGAUGUGGUUCGCCGCCGCGCCCAGCUACCCGCCCUCCCCUUUAAUUGCUAUGAUGCUGGCCGAAGAUCUUGGUUUGCCGAACCUAAGAAGCAUUGCAGUUGCAGAUAUAGAUGCUGCACAUUGCUCUAAGCUGUCGCAAGGAUGUUCCGGUGCAGCUGACCAAAGUAUGUAUCAAUCACAUGUGCCAAAUGAAGGACGGAUACCAUGCUAUGGAAUAUCAAAAAAUGAAAGAAAACCUGCCACUCGAAGUAUUGUGAAGGGGAAUUUCUCCAAGGGGUCCACACUGAUGAAGCCUACAGCCAGUCAAUUAGCUAGGCAAAACAGGCAGCUUGAAGUGAAGAAUGUCAUGCCGAGUAAAAAGUCAGUUGGAGUGAGAAGCGAGGGAAGUACCAUGAGCUCAAACGAUUGCACUAACCAAGCUGGUAAAAGGCAGAAAUUAGAAAAAGGCCAUCUCAACAAGGUUGUUCCUACAAGUCAACAUGAAUUAAUCCACAAGGCUCAUGAAAAGCAGAAUGUUAUGAAGAGUAGCUCUGAUCGUGCCACUGGUCUACCUAAACUGAAGAUUACAGUGCCGAGAGAACCUGAGUUGGCAACUAGGCUAAGAGCAGAGAGGUCAAGGAUUCUAAGAGCAGUGCCAACUAACUCAAAGCAGUUAAAUAAACGGGAUUUGCAACCUGCUCCUACGACGCAACCAGCAUUGACCAGAAAGGUCGUGCAACCAUUUCGGGCCCAUCAGCAUGCGAAUGUACAACAUGCCACUGUUCCACCAAACAUGCCAGCGUGUGCGCCUAACCGUGCAAUUAAUCUCCACAACAUCGAUAGAAAACCAGAAGAUUCCAGAGAUGGCACGUUUAAAUUUAAAGCUCAGCGAUUGGAUAAAAAGAUAUUACAAAGCAAAGGAGAUACUGGUUUAUUUCAAAAUGCCAAAAGAAAUCCUACAGUGCCUAAGGAAUUCAACUUGUCAACAUGCCGAAAGAGCAAGCAGGCUCCAUUAUCUGAGCUCUUUAACAAGCUUUCUUUAACCGCCGAAGGCCGCCGUGCCAUGGACCGUCAGGCAGUUGAACGUCCAAAUUACAUCACCACCAAGGAUUGCAAAGAGAACAUGAUUGGUGCCAUUCGUUGUUAGCUCUGACCUACUUAGUCAAGAAGAAUAUUUAUACCGUUCUGUUUGACAAAGGCUGAUUCAGAAUCUCAUUUCUGCACCUGCACAAAGGCUAGGCGUCUCUUUUGGACAGUAGGACUCACAGGGGGUGGGCUCAUCCUCCUUUUCUUCAUCAAAUAAGAUGAAGCCAUACAUUAUUUAACAUUAAGGCACCCGGCGAUCUCCGGCGUCAGAUAGUUUGGUUGAUCCCUGAGACCAGACAAUUUUCCCCGUCUUGCCUGUCGGAUGAACAGCUUAACAUAAUUGCAUAUCUGCUUGUGGCCGUGCCGGAGAUCCCAUUUUGUACAGCUUGGGUAGAGAAACCCAGCCAUCGCUCGUAGUGGGUGUUGUGGGGGGAAAGCGGCUGACCCGACCUGGUGGUGGUGUAUCUGCCGUGGUUCUGAAGUUGUAAACGAACAACAGCGCAAUCAUCUGGAAAGUCGUUCGCUUGGUGUCUCCAUUC